CCUGCGCACAGACAGGCGAGGAAGCAUAGGGGAGGUGGGGGGUGAAGAAGACCAAAAAAUGCUGCUGCUGAAUGGAGCCAUACAACAGUGACAGUGUGAUGGAAGGGAAAGACGAGGUGGGCUUAUUUUUACUCCACUUAAAGUCCAGUUUUCAGCUAUUUUUCUCCACUCGGGUAAAUCAAGAGUCAGACACCAUGAAGGCUGCUGGCGAGAUAACUUUACCUGCAGCUUAAAUAUUUGAUAUUGCUGAAUGAGAUGAAACCUUCUCCUCGAAUGCACAAGGUUUUGAUAUGAUGCUCAGCGGUGAUCAUCAGGAGUCUGAGCUCCCCUGGGGACACACGGACACCCUUCUGGACUCCCUCGGUGCGCAGUAUGGGUCCAUGCCGGUCGGAACCCAGGAUGGAGAGGCCAAAGCGCAUUCCAAGGAGGAGAAAAGGCGCAAGAGGCGCGCCACAGCCAAAUAUCGAUCUGCGCAUGCCACCAGGGAACGGGUCCGUGUCGUAGCCUUCAAUGUGGCCUUUGCAGAACUAAGGAAACUGCUCCCAACGCUCCCGCCAGACAAAAAGUUGUCCAAGAUUGAAAUCUUGCGACUCGCGAUUUGUUACAUCUCAUAUCUCGACCACGUGCUGGACGUUUAGGACAAGUGUGACAGUGCGUAUCCAGCCACUAAAGAACAAGGGAUAUGGGGAAUCCCUGGUCUGUAUCCUAAUGGAAUACCACGCUGACAUUAUUAUUGCAUGAUGUUGUUUCAUUAUGAGGAUGAGCUGCGGCACUGGAGAUUUAACAUCCAUAGAAGCACCCGAAGAAUGGAAAAUAUUUUGGGACCUUCUCUAUAUCACAUAUUGCAUUCUGUAUAUUAUUCACUAACUUAUGGAAACAUUAUUAUGCUUGGGGUUAGUUCUUAUUCCACCAAGUUUUAAAGAAACUUAUAUAAUGUAAUAUGUAACUGUAAAACACUCGUGUGUUCUGUGUUCCUUCUUCUAAUGGCAGCUGGAAUU